GCCAGCUUACCUGGGCACCCCAUUCCCUCUCCUGCCUCAUUUCCCCAUGCUCUCUCCUCUCAGGCUGAUCGGCUCAGGGUCCUGGAGAGCCUGGGAGUGCUAAUCCAGCAGCCAUCAUGCAAGGUGGUGCUGGCAGUCAGCCUGCUGCUGGGGGCUGGGGGGCUUUACCUCUGGUUCCAGGGGAAGAAGAAGACCCUCAAGAAGUCUCCGGCAUGUAAGAAAGAAUCCGCAGUGUCUGCUGCCAUAGAGAAUAAGAGUGAUCCCUGGAUCAAGUCCCACUUCAGCCGGCUCUCGGAUGAGAAGCUAUGCGCGCUGCUGCAGGAGGGCGGCAGCGGGGAGGCGGGCUCCACGCACACCAACAUGCAGGUGGAGACGUGCACCUCGAGGAUCCGCGAGGGCAAGAACGCCGACAUCCGCAAGGAGGCCUACAUCACCCGGCAAAGGACCUCCGGGAGCAAGGUCUUCAAGGAGUGCCACAAGGAGUCCUCCAAGUCCAACUCGGCGGACGAGUCGGCCUGGGCCUCAGUGGCCUCCUGCGUGCAUGAGAUCGACCUCACUGGCCACCAGCUGGCUGACUCCAUGCUGCAGCGGGCCACCCGCUACCAGCACUCUGGACACCUGGAGACCAAGGACAUCAACAAGGAGGAGCUGAAGGCCUUGGAGGAGGUGGAGAUGAAGGUCAAGGGCAAUUUCCUGACCCGCUGGGAGAGCAACAUGGCCGGCUCAAGCAACACCUACCACAACCACGGCUACCACAGCCAGUCCCCCCGCAGCCGCCAGACCUCCCACGCCUACUUUAACCUCACCUAGCAGGCUGGCAGUGCCCUCCUCCCCCUGCCGGGAUGGCGCAGUCUGCCCUCGAGGACUGUCCAUACCGUCUGGUCCAAGGAGAGCGGCCCGAACCUCCAGGCAGAGGCCUUCCGGUGGGGCCUCCCCAGCUAGGUCAGCAGAACUUGGGCUUGGCCCCGAAGUGGGGCCCACCGGGGAAGAGGGGCCUGAGGGAAGCUCAUGGCCCCCCGGGAAAGGACAUCCAUCGGUGUGACAGAGGGAAGAGCUGCACUCCCAAGAGCAUGGGAUUAAACUGAAGAAAAACAUCUGCAAAUGAGCCAAUAAAACCCUGCAACACUG